GCUGCAAACUCAGUCCUGCUCUGCUGUACAGGGUGCAGGGCAGAGGGAGAGCCAAUCACCGAAACGCAGAGGCUCCCUUUAAGCCUGACAUAUCUCCAACAGGAACAAAUUGUCCCAACAAUCAACAUCCCAAACUGCUGCGCGCAUCAGGGGCUGGAGAGGAGAGGAUCAAGCCUGUGUAGGCCAGCGCUGCGCGAGACCAUUGCACUGGAUUGCACUGCGACGCGCCGCAAAAAACUAUUACUAACUCCUCAAACGCCCUCAGCUACUUUGGAUAUCGAGGUUUGUGGUUGAGGAGCCGGCUCGGACACCAUGUCAAUAUUACCAUCCUUUGGGUUUACGCAGGAGCAAGUGGCGUGCGUUUGUGAGGUGUUACAGCAAGGAGGAAACCUGGAGAGGCUCGGCCGCUUCCUGUGGUCUCUUCCUGCUUGUGAUCACCUCCACAAGAACGAGAGCGUCCUCAAAGCCAAGGCGGUCGUGGCUUUUCAUCGGGGGAACUUCCGAGAGCUUUACAAAAUCCUGGAGAGCCACCAGUUUUCCCCGCACAACCACCCGAAGCUGCAGCAGCUGUGGCUGAAGGCGCACUACGUGGAGGCGGAGAAGCUGCGCGGAAGACCGCUCGGGGCUGUGGGGAAGUAUCGCGUGCGGAGGAAAUUCCCGCUGCCCCGCACGAUAUGGGACGGCGAGGAGACCAGCUAUUGCUUUAAGGAGAAGUCCAGAGGAGUGCUGCGGGAGUGGUACACGCACAACCCGUACCCGUCUCCGCGGGAAAAGAGGGAACUGGCCGAGGCCACGGGGCUGACCACCACGCAGGUCAGCAACUGGUUCAAAAACAGACGGCAGAGGGACAGAGCUGCAGAGGCCAAGGAAAGGGAGAACAGUGAAAACAACAACGCGGGGGGAAACAAACAGAACCAGCUAUCUCCUCUGGAUGGAGGAAAGUCUCUCAUGUCCAGCUCGGAGGACGAGUUUUCUCCCCCUCAGAGCCCCGACCAGAACUCUGCGCUUUUGCUUCAGGGCAACAUGAACCACCCCGGGGCCUCGGCUUACCCCAUGUCCGGUCUGGGGGCCCCACAGUCGGUGCACGGCAUGCACGGACACCCACACCAACUGCAGGACUCCUUGUUGGGACCUCUAACCUCCAGUCUUGUGGAUUUGGGCUCUUAAAGAGACAAAUAUAAUUAUUAUAUUUUACCCAACGAGAAAACGAAGAGGACUGAUGAGUGUAUCAGAUUUAAAACAUGUACGAAAUAACAAUAUAGUAGCUUAUAUCUUAUAAUAUAGACUGACUUGUCUGUCGUUAAAAGGGUGAAACAAAUUUCCUCAAUUGGUUGAAACUGAACGCAUCCACAGGAGAUUUUUUCCAUUUCCCUGCGCGCAAAAGCAAAAAGGAUUACACUGAAACUCCGAACAGGACUUUAAUUUAUGAUAUUUUAUUAAGAUGUCCAGACAAUUAUAUCAAAUCUCCUGCGAUGGAAACUAAGAGGUAACGUUUUCACUAGUCCUGCUCAUUAGUUUCCAAUAAAACAGAAGUAGUGCAUUUGUCUCAUGUGUUAUCUGUGUGAAAAAGGAGUAUUUUUAGACGUUUGAUCCAGAAACUUGCGCAAAUCUGUUGAGCAUUUCUCUUCAAAAACAUAACUUUUUUUUUGGGGGGGGGUUAAAUGGAAACAAAUAAAAUAAAAUAAAAAAUAUGUAUGGAGAUACAUAGUUUUUAGUGAGAUGAAACCCGGCGGACUUUGCUUUCGAACAACAGUCAUCAAUGGGAAUUUAAAUUCUUCAGCAUCAGCAGCUGUCUGUCAGGAGAGGCUUGUUUACACAAAAACCAACCAAGCGUCUUUUAAACCACCCCCUCCUGCCCCACUCUAUAUUAUAACCUAGAAAGGAUUUCCCCCAAAUUUUUAAAAUACUUUUUGCUAUUUUCAUCUUUUUAUUUUGAAGUUUUACUUCCUUCCGUUGUGUUUCCUUUUUUGGGUCCAUGGGAAAGAGCCGCUACUCAUGCGUCUAGCUCCAACAAAUGAAAAAUCAAUUUGUGGAUUAGAAAAAAAACAAGCAAACAAACAAAAAAAUAUGAAUAAUAAAUACAAGGAUUGGGGUGUGGACAGCUGUCAUGUCCCCCCUCCCAUCAUGCUCUUUUCUUUGCUCAUGUCAAGGUAAAUUGUUUUGAGCAGAGAGCACCGAGGAUUUCCUGAGUUUAAUCUGAAACAGUCGCUGCUCGCAUUACUGCCUGAUUGCGAAGAUUGCAGAGACUGCAGGAGGUUGCAGCACCCUCAGCUUCAGUGGUGGGACUGGGAGCUGUUCUGCAUCCCAGAGGCCUCAUUCUUUGUCCUUGAGGUCUCUCUUUGGACGCCCCCCACCCCUCUCACCAUUACGGUGCUGGGAGCAUCAUCCCAUGGCACUGAAGGUUGUCUGCACGAGAUCUAUUAUUACAUUUAUUUUUCAAACGAAAGAGAAAAGUUUUGUAUUAAUUCAGACAUAAUGAUAAACGAGUAGUUCAGUGACAAUUACUAUGGUAAUAAAGCAAUUUUUGAGAGACCUUUUCAAAAUAAAUCAUCUAAUCAUUUCAAAUCUGUAGCUGUUUUAUUGCAGUUUAGUUACGACAAAUGUAUCCAAGUGACCAAAAAGUUAAAAAAAGUUGAAUGAAA